AUGUCCAGGGAAUUCACUAUCAAGGUUCCGGCAUCCUCUGCAAACAUCGGUCCCGGUUUUGACGUACUAGGUAUUGGUCUAAACUUAUAUCUUACUCUUUCUGUGCAAAUCAAUGAAAAGUCUCCAUCAGAGAAAUCACAAAAGGAUCCUUACAAUGUAGACUUAUCAUAUCUAGGCAGCGGCAAUGAAGGUGUCCCCUUACAAUCUGAUCUUAAUCUGAUCACCAAAACUGCCCUCUAUGUUCUUCAUGCUAAUGGAGUGAAAAAUUUCCCACUUGGUACUGUAAUCGUUGUCAACAAUCCUAUUCCCUUGGGACGGGGCUUGGGAUCCUCUGGUUCUGCAAUUGUUGCCGGUGUGCUUCUGGCAAACGAAAUCGGUGGAUUUGGCUUUGAUAAGAACAGAUGCUUGGAUUAUUGUCUAAUGAUUGAACGUCAUCCUGAUAACAUCACAGCCACAAUGAUGGGUGGAUUUGUAGGCUCAUUUCUUCGUAGUCUAUCCGAUGAGGAAAACAAGGUGGUCCAUCAAGAUUUGAAUAAGAUUCUACCAUCUCCAGAAACUCCUAAGGAUUUUGUUCCUUCAGAUGCUCCAUUAAAUCUAGGAACCCAUGUGAAAUAUCCCUGGAACCCAAUGAUCAAAUGUAUUGCAGUGAUUCCUCAAUUUGAAGUUAAAACUGAAGACAGUAGAAGGGUUUUACCUGAUAGUUAUGAGAAAAAGGAUGUGGUGUUCAAUUUGCAGAGGCUGGCUGUCUUAACAUCUGCUGUAGGAGAUAUAAAACCCAAUGCAGUUACCAUCUUCAAUUCAAUGCAGGAUUCUCUACAUCAGCCUUACAGAAAGGCUUUGAUCCCAGGAUUGACCGAAGUUCUAUCCAAGUUUACUCCUCAAUCGCAUGAUGGAUUUAUGGGUAUAUGUUUGAGCGGUGCAGGCCCAACCAUUUUAUGCUUAGCAACUAAGAAUUUCGACCAAAUUGCCAAUGAUAUAAUAGAAGAAUUUAAAAACCAUGAUGUUAAUUGCGUUUGGAAGUUGCUCGACGUUGCCGAUGAAGGUGCCGUGGUGGAGCAAUCUAGCAAACUGUAA